AUUAACUGUUAUUUAAUGUUUGUACUAUUGAAGCCGAGGAGGGCCUAUGUAUUGAUCUAUUGGAAAAAAGUAAGCAGACUUUGGUCUAGCAAACGACUGCUUUUGAAAAUCUGUUUCCUUUACAUGAUUAUUGAUAGGCCAACGACGGUCCCGCCUUAUUAUAACUUGAUAUUGCCAUUGCCAUUCAUUGCUUUUUUGUACGUGUACGUAACAUUCAAAUAAGUAAGUCAUGGUGCUGCCCGUUUCUUUCUCACUGACACUGCCAGCGUUCCUACACGAAGUGGUGGCAGGGUAUCUCUGUGACUCGAAAUUGAAUGUAACUGCCUUUUGCUUCAGAUGUUUCAUUACUUUUGCAGAAAUUUUGCGGAUUGAUACUUUGGCUCGACCGAAACGUUUGCCAGCAGAAUACAGAGAUGACAGACGGUCGGUGUACUGGGUGGAACGAGAGCCUCUGAGGUGCGGACCAGACGGGCAUACAGUUGUAGCUGCCACACCUCGUGUUAUUGAGCUGUCUCGUCAUAAAACUGUCGUCGGUGCCUGGAGACCUCACAGACCCACACCCAUCUGGCCGGUUGCUUCAGGAGCCAUGUCGGCCCAGCCCUCGUCCCGCAUCACACAGCUGAGCCAGCACCGCAACCCUCACAACUCGUACCUGUUUGACCGCGAUCCGAUGUGGGACGUCACGGACGAGGCGGCCCAAGCUCGGGCCUCGGAGCGCCUGGAACAGCUGGCCACGCCCAAAACUAGGGAGGAGCGCUUCUCCAACUUUGACCCCUUCUGGGGCUACACAUACCCUGUGUCAGAGAAUGCCCAGAGGUCGCGGUGCACGGAGAGGCUGGAGUCGCUCGCACAGCACAAGGGUUACCACAAGGAGUUCAAGGACGAGCGCCCGAUCCAGUGGGAAGUGUCGCAGGAAGCCAUCGAGGCCAUCGCGUCCUUGAGACUACAACAGCUGGCUCGCCCACGCAGCCGGACCAUGAUCAAGGACGACUACGACCCCUACAAGGUCUCGCCCUCAGCCAAAAAGACGCGGGCAACACCCAGACUGGAAGAACUCUGUCUGCCUAUACCGAGGAAAGUCCGUCAAAAGAAAGCUCUUGGAACGUAGGCAGAAGAAGGAAGUUCGAUUACCCUCAUGUGAUAUUUAUAGUAGCUCCCUAAAGGUUUCGGAAGAAUAUUAUUGUGAACUCAGUGUUACAUUUAUUUAUUUUUAUAUGUUUCGAUUUUUUUUUUUAAUCUGUCAAGUUUAGGAAAAAAAAUUGUUGGAAGCUAAACGUUUGCUUAUACUUACCCUAUAAAAUGACAAAAAUUAUCAAAAACUUGGUGUCUCAGUUUGAACUAGAUAAAUAAAAAAAUGUUAUAUUUAAAAUGGAAAAUAAUAAAUAAAAAUGUUCUCUUAUGUUAAAUGAUCCUAAAGAGUUACAUAUUUCCGUUUAUGUAAAACACUCUAAAAUAUGAUAUAAGACAAAAUUUGCAAAAGUUUUUCUUGAGAUCUGCUUUAGUUCGGUAUCCUUAUGCUCGUAGGCAAAUACUCAUGACGUCUUAAAAUGAGUAGCUUCUAACUUUCCUUGUACCAUUUCCGAACAUUUCUGCUAUCUGAAGAUUAUCGAGUCUCACCAUUGAUGGGUUGGGUCUAUCUUGAGAACGGUCUACAUUGAAUCAAUAUGAUGUGCAUCACUUUUGUUAUAUUUUAAAUCAACACAUUCAAUCCGUUUGCCAUAUUUUUCAGUAUUUUGAAAAA